UUUAUAAUCCGAACAAGAUGGCGGACGAAGAUUGUGAAGCACCCAAACAGAUAGAGCUGGAAGACCUGACUGUCACAGUAGACUUUCAUCCAUCGAAAGACAUCAUCGCUGUUGGCUGCAUUGAUGGUGAAGUUUCAAUUCAUUCCUAUUCAACAAAGGAGUCUAACAAGCUGCUGAAGAAAUUGUGUCACCACAAGAAUGCCUGCCGAUGCAUCAAGUUCUCUCCAAGUGGAGACCGCCUACACACAGUGUCGAAGGACAAGUCGUUAUGGAGCAUUGACACAGAAACAGGCAAAGUCAAGAAAAAAAUCAAGAAAGCUCACGAAGCCCUCACCUACAGUCUAGUUACAACUGAUGAGAACUUUAUCGCUACCGGAGAUGAUGAUGGAACAAUCAAGGUUUGGGACAUGAGGACGAAGACAUGCACGUACGAGGUGAAGGAAAAUGAUGAUUUCAUCAGUGACAUGAUCAUAGAUGACCAGAGGAAGUUCUUCUUGGCCACCAGUGGCGAUGGUACAUUAUCAGCGUUCAACAUCCGUAGGAAGAGAAUGGAUCUGCAAUCGGAACUGUUUGAUUCAGAGUUUCUUAGUUUGGCAGCAAUGAAGGGGGAGAAGAAGGUGGUGUGCGGUACCGGGGAGGGGGUCCUGAAUGUCUUCAACUGGGGGGAGUGGGGAAACAUCAGUGACCCGGUUCCCGGACAUCCCAUGUCUGUUGAUUGUAUGGUACCCAUCACCAGGGAUGUUGUUUGUACUGGGUCUAUAGGCGGCAUUAUCAGGGCGGUGAACAUUCUGCCAAAUCGCUUUGUGGGUGUUGUCGGGGAGCAUGAGAAUUUUCCCGUGGAAGGGUUGUGCCUGUCACACGACAAAACCCUGCUUGCUAGCUGCUCACAUGACCAGAAGGUCAAGUUCUGGAACAUUGAAGGACUUGAAAAUAUCAAGUUUAACGAGAGGAAGAAGGCAAAGAAAUCCAACAAGAAUAAACGCCUAAAUUCAUCUAAACAGGACAAUUUUUUCUCUGGUUUGGUUGAUGAUGAUAAAAAAGACAAUGUUGGUGAUAGUGACACUGAUGAUGAUGAUGAUGACAGUGAUGAUGAGGGGGAGGAAGAGGAUAGUGAUUGAUUAAACUGUUUUUUUAAUUA